AUGUGGGAAAUUGACGAGAUUCGAUUUUUAGUUGCUGAGAGAAAGUGUAGAAAUAGCGAAUACCACCAAACAUUCAAAAAACUUCGAUUUUGGCUAAGCAUUUCAGAAUGCUUAAAUCCUCGUUUCAAUACUUCCUAUACUAGUAGUCAAUGCAAGGCAAAGUUCAAUCAGCUCAUUAAGGAAUACAAUGUAUAUAACUAUAGAUUAUAUUGUACAGGAAAUGGGGGACAAAGUACACUUCUAGAAAGGUUAUUUUAUGAAGAGUUCCAAUCGUUAUUUUGGCUUAGGCCAAGUGAUAGAAAUGAUUAUGAACACGAAUUAAAUACGUCGCGCAAUCGCCGGCAACGACAACUAUAUUAUUCUAAAUCGCAUUCUCAACCACUGCCUUCUAAAAAAGAAA